AUGUACUUCAAUGCGCUCUGGGGCUUCAUGGGCUAUUUGUACAUGACCCUGGAGAUCCAGGCUUUCCUGCUAUGUUUCUUCGCUGGGAUGCUUCUCUCGCUGGGCGUCGCAAUGUUGGUGGGCCUCUACCACCUCGACCACGCUCCGACCUCGAGGACCGCACACACAAGACUCAAGUGAGUUUGAUGAGCUUCUGCACUUUCCACUAGGUACUACCUACCUACGGGUCUUGGGUAAAUUUGGCUGACCCCGAGCAAACGUCGAUUUGCAUAUCUAAAGCCGGCGAUUGCUUCGAUUGUGGGCACCUGCCAUUCUUGGCUGCUCAGCCGCCACCCACGUCAUACUCAUCUUGCGCAAGUCCUCGCCCCUCCUCCACCCCGAUUUGAGAAAGGCGGUGUUCGAGAGCACGGCCAACCUCGUGCUUGUCCUCGCCGUGCUCGUCAUAUCGAGCGCAUGCGUGAGCGUUGUCGUGCUCCCAAUUCUCUCGUUCUUCGGCCAUCUAUUCAUCACGUCCCUGUACUGGGCUCGCGUCGCAAAUGAUUGGGUAAAGUCCAUGGUUGAACCCCCUGGGACAUAUGGACCUUUGCGACCAAACAACUAG